AUGAUUCCUAUCUUUAAAAUUUACAGCGGCGACAAACACAGACUCUCUAAUGAAUCCGACACGCUCAUGAGGGCCAAUUUUCCACCUGCAGCCAUCAAACACACAAAACACACGCAAUUUCCACAGGUUUCUGACGUUAUUUUUAUCCGCAACGAGUUUCUUGGGAGCGCCAGGCCUCCCGUGUGGACUUUUAAUGACGCUGGAGUUCAUACACAGGCACACAAGGACAAACGUCUGAUUACUACAACCUCUCGAAAGCUGGACCGCGAACAGCAGGCUGAGCACGUUCUGGAGGUGACCGUUUCAGAUGGCGGAUCUUCUCCCAGACACACUACAGUAUGGGUGGUGAUUCAGGUGUUGGAUGUAAACGAUAACAAACCCACAUUCCCAGAGAAGAUGUACCAGGUGCGCUUGCCGGAGCGCAGCAGAAAACAGCGCGGUGCUCCAAUUUACCGUGUGUUUGCAUAUGACCAGGACCAGGGAGCAAAUGCAGAGCUUUCCUAUAGCAUCAUCGACGGCAAUGAAGACGGCAAGUUCAUCAUCGAUGCCAAAACUGGUGUGGUUUCAUCACCCAAGAAACAGUUCAGCGCUGGAACCUACGAUAUUCUCACCGUGAAGGCGGUGGACAACGGGCGUCCUCAGCGCUGGGCGACGGCGCGUCUGCACAUCGAGUGGAUCCGCCGUCCUCCGCCAAACCCCGUUCCACUAGCUUUUGAUGAGCCGCUCUACAACUUCACCAUCAUGGAGACCGACAGAGUGGCGGACAUCGUGGGAGUGGUGUCUGCCCAGCAACAAGGCUCCGCUUCACUGUGGUUCGACAUCACAGGUCCACGCUCUUUCCGUGAGAUGUUCUAUAUACUCCAGACUGCUUGCGGCAGGAACUGUUCUACAGAAGGCGGAGAUGUGGACAGUAUGUUUGACGUUGAGAAAGGUGUGGGCACCAUCGUCAUCGCUAAACCUCUGGACGCUGAGCAGAGAUCCUUUUACAACCUGACGCUGGAGGUUACAGACGGCACUAAUGUGGCGAACACUCAGGUUCACAUCACUGUUCUAGACAACAACGACAACCCUCCGGUUUUUUCCCAGCCCACCUAUGACAUCACGAUCACGGAGGACACGCCGCCAGACACGGAGGUGGUUCAGGUGUUAGCGUCGGACCGAGACGAGCGCCACCGCCUGACCUUCAGCCUCCAGAGCAGCGUCGACCCCAGCAGCAUGAGGCUUUUCCGCAUCGACCCUAACAGCGGGGUCAUUUAUACAGCUCGCAGACUCGACCACGAGAGCCGCACGCAGCACAUCCUCACCAUCAUGGUGAAGGAUCAAGAGUUCCCAUACAGACGAAGCCUGGCUCGUGUCUUAAUUGGUGUUGAGGAUGUGAAUGAUCACGCUCCUCUUUUCACCAUGGCGAUGUAUGAUGGACAGGUGUAUGAAUCUGCUGCGCUGGGAUCAGCUGUCUUAACGGUCACUGCACUUGAUAAGGAUAAGGGCCAGAAUGCACAGAUCAGUUACAGCAUUGACUCAGGGAACACAGGAAACACUUUUCGUAUUGAUCCUGUUUUGGGCAUCAUCUCAUUGGCUCGGGAGCUGGACUUGUCAAGCAUAGGUCACUACGUCUUGUCUGUCAAAGCAACGGAUAAUGGUUCUCCAGCACUAUCUUCAACAGCUGUUGUCCGUAUCGCAGUGACCUUAUCCAAUAAUGCCGGUCCCAAAUUUCCACAAAAUGAAUAUCAGGCGGAGAUAUCAGAAAGUGUUGCCAUAGGAACUUCAGUCGUUACAGUGAAUGCUUUAAGUCUGUCAACCCUUACCUAUGACAUUCGUCAUGGCAAUGGUCAUCGCACUUUCCGCAUCAAUCAGUAUAGUGGAGUGAUCACUACACAGAAAUCACUGGACUUUGAGACUGUUUCGUCUUAUGUUCUAAUAGUUACUGCAAGCAACAUGGCUGGACAGGCAUCAAAUGCUACAAUAACAGUUGUAGUUCUGGACCAAAAUGACAAUGCACCAGUGUUCCAACAGCUACACUACCGUGGAAGUAUCAGUGAGGGCGCUGGGCUUAACAGUGUUGUGCAGAGUGAUGAUGGACAACCACUUGUCAUAAGAGCAAGUGAUGCUGAUCGCAACCACAAUGCCCUGUUAGUGUACCAGAUCAUGGAAGAAUCUGCCAGACGCUUCUUUGCAGUAGAUGCUGGGACUGGAUCCAUAAGGACAAUUGCUCAGCUUGACCAUGAAACCACACCAAUUUUUCGUUUCCAUGUUAAUGUCAGAGACAGUGGACAUCCGCAGCUUUCAGCUGAGCGACCUGCUGAAGUGACCAUUGAGGUGCAAGAUGUUAACGACUGCUCGCCAAAGUUUUCCCAGGAUUCUUAUGAAGCUGUCCUUUUGCUGCCAACCUAUGAAGGUGUAGAAGCCCUCCAAGUUUUUGCUACUGAUCCUGAUGGUAAUGGCCAAUCAGAGCUCACCUACUCACUGACAGAUGGCAGCCUAGAACAUUUUAGCAUUGAACCAAGCACUGGUCUGUUGACUGUGAGAAACAGUACAUUUAGCAAAGAGCGAUUCCGCUUUAAUGUCCGUGUUUCAGAUGGACGCUUUUCAAGCACUGCUCUGGUGACUGUUUUGGUUCAUGAGGCUCUGGACAGUGGGCUGGCUUUUACUCACAGUGCUUAUAAUGCCAACAUUGAGGAGAACAAUGGCAACAUAACAACAGUUGCUGUAGUUACAGCACUAGGCAACAAGUUGAAUGAACCCCUGCGCUAUACUUUGCUGAAUGCAGGUGGGAAAUUUCGCAUUAAGCCAACAUCAGGUGCAAUUGAGACUGUAGGAGUUCCAUUGGACAGGGAGGAAAAAGAAGAAUAUGGACUGUUGGUACAAGCAGGCCGGGAGGAAGAUCGUCUUCGGGUUGCAAGGGCACUGGUUCGAGUUCAAGUCACUGAUGUCAAUGACAAUGCUCCUGUUUUUGUUGGACUGCCAUACUAUGCUGCUGUACAAGUGGAAGCAGAGCCUGGGACAGCAAUAUUUCGAGUGACAGCAGUAGACCGGGACAAAGGACAAAAUGGAGAGGUCAAUUACUUUCUGCAGGAUGAACUUGGACAUUUCGAGGUGGACCGUGUGAGUGGUGAGCUUCGCUUGCGAAGAGCUUUCGAGGCUGAUCUCUCCAGUGUAGAAUACCAGGUGCUAGUGUAUGCCCGUGACAUGGGAACACCUCCUCUGUCCUCUUCAGUCACUUUCCCUGUUACAGUGGUAAAUAGAGCAAUGCCUGUAUUUGACAGGCCAUUCUACUCCGUAAAAGUGAGUGAAGACAUACCAGUUUGGACUCCAAUUUUGGGAAUAAAUGCCAGCAGCCCUGAAGGCCAGAGUGUCCUUUACACAAUAACACACGGUGACCCUGGAACCCUCUUUUCUAUUGGUUUUGACACAGGGGUCAUUAGUGUAAUAGCUGGCCUUGACUAUGAGACCAGCCCUGCCCACAGACUCAUUGUUAGAGCAACUGACUGCCUCACAGGUGCUCGUGCAGAAGUGGAUGUUGAGGUUACUGUAUUGGAUGUCAAUGACAACCCUCCAGUGUUUGAGCAGCCCUUAUACAAAGCCGUAAUUUCAGAAUCUGCCAUGAUUGGUACUGCAGCUUUACAGGUCCUUGCAACGGACAGUGACUCUGAGAAAAAUGCAGCUGUCCGGUAUCAAAUCAUUCCAGACCGUACCAACAGCACUGACCACUUUCACAUUGACAGCAGCAGUGGCUUGAUUCUGACCGCUCGCUCUCUGGACCAUGAGACUAUCCAGCGUUAUGUGUUUCUUGUCAAGGCAACAGAUAAUGGAUUCCCCCCAUUGAGCAGCGAAGUGUGGGUCACAGUUGAUGUCACAGACACCAAUGACAAUGCUCCAGUGUUCAACCAACUACUCUAUGAAGCUUCGAUCAAUGAGUUGGCACCCAAAGGGCACUUUGUUACAUGCAUCCAGGCUUCUGAUGCAGACCGCUCAGAUGCAGAGUGCUUGCAGUAUGGGCUGGUGUCUGGAAAUGAAAGGAUGCUGUUUGAAUUAGAUGCUGCCUCAGGUGUCCUCACACUGAGUGGCCAGCGGCGCAUGCAGCGCAUGCCUUCUGCAAUUACCCUGAAUGUAAGUGUUUCUGAUGGAGUGUUUACCAGUACAGCACAAGUGCAUGUUCGAGUAGAGCGAGCUAAUCUGCAUUCCCCCCAGUUCACCCAGGGCAUGUAUGAGGCUGAUGUACGUGAGAAUGCUCCACCGGGAUCAAAAGUCAUUGCAAUCAGAGCACAAGAUGCAGAUCCUGGACCAUUUGGCGAUGUGAGGUAUGUGCUGCUCUCAGAUGCUGCUCGGGACCUGUUUACCAUUGAUAGCAGUGGGCAAAUUACAACUCUUGAAAGACUGGACCGGGAAGAGCGAAGUGAGAUGGUGCUGUCUAUUGCGGCCGUGGAUGCAGGUGGUCGAUCUGGAUACUGCAGUGUCAGGGUCACUAUAAUAGAUGAGAAUGACAAUGUUCCACUGUUUGGUGCCUCAGAGUACCAUGCAAGUGUGCGUUCUGAGGUUGAACCAGGGACGCUUGUGAUUCAAGUGCAAGCUUGGGAUUUAGAUCAAGAUGCCAAUGGACAAGUUAGCUACAGUCUGUACAGUGAAGCCAGUUUGCAGGUCACUGAACUUCUGGAUAUUGACCCAGACAGUGGGUGGGUUGUCACCAAAGGCAACUUUGUCCCUUUACGUGGCUCUGUACUGUCCUUUUUAGUUAAAGCCUCUGAUGGAGGUGCACCUGUCAGACAUUCCCUUGUCUCAGUAUACAUACAUGUUUUGUCCGCAGAUGCUCACAUUCCCUCCUUCAGCCAACCACAAUUCUCCUUUACGGUCCCAGAGGACAUGCCCAUUGGUUCCUUGCUGGGAGCGGUGCAUCUACACACCUCGACUAGCCACUCUUCCUUACCAGUAAGCUUUGCAACAGUGAUUGGACAAACUCCAGAAAGUAACAGUGAGGGAGUGUUUUUGGUAGACAAAGAAAGCGGAAUGAUCAAACUAGACAAAGCACUAGACCGAGAGCUGACACAGAUCUAUCAUUUCAAAGUAGUUGCAAUGUUGCAGCAGGGGCGAUUGGAUGCUGUUUCGGCUGUGGAUGUGGAGGUAAAAGUGCAAGAUGUCAAUGACAACAAACCUGCUUUUGAGUCAGAUACCUAUGAAACAUCAGUCACAGAGGGUCUUUCACCUGGGACUAGGAUUCUACAAGUACGAGCUUUGGAUCCUGAUUGGGCCGCUAAUGGACAAGUAACAUACAGUCUUGCACCCCCUGGGUUGCUUGGUGGCUCUGGCGGAGAGGACAUUGAAGAGCAUGGAGCUUACUUCACGAUUGACAGCAGCUCUGGUUGGAUAUCAACACUGAAAGGGCUUGACCAUGAACAGAGCCCUGCUCACAGUCUUACAGUCUGGGCAUUUGACCUUGGAGAUCCCGCUAGCCAGUCAUCCUCAACAACUAUAACUAUAGCAGUGAGUGACUCCAAUGACAACAUACCUCAAUUUCUUCAACCCCGUUAUUAUGGUAGUGUACGAGAGAGUGAUGCACCUGGUGAAGUGGUGGCAGUGCUGAACACACGAGACAAUGACAGCUCACCUGGGAACCGACAAGUCACUUAUCAUAUCACAGGUGGUAACAGAGGCGGUGUGUUCGCUCUGGGCUUGGUUCAGGGUGAGUGGAAGCUGUAUGUGAAACGUCCGCUGGAUCGUGAGGAGCAGGAGCGAUACCUCAUCAAUGUGACCGCCACUGAUGGACUCUAUGUUUCCACUGCUUCUGUUGAUGUGAUGGUCAUCGAUACUAAUGAUAACAGUCCUGUCUGUGAGCCGGCCUUGUAUUCAGUGUCCGUGUCUGAAGACGUUCCUCUGAAUAAGCAAAUCCUCCGAGUCAAAGCCACAGAUGCUGACACAGGCUCAAACGCACAAAUCCAGUUCUCCUUGUUCGGUUCUGGAGCAGAAGACUUCUUCAUUCAUCCACACACAGGCGAGCUGAAGACAGCCGUGGCACUGGACCGUGAAAAGGUGUCUCGAUACUCUCUGGUUGCUCGUGCGACGGAUGGUGGGGGUUUGUGGUGUGAAGCUGAGGUUGUGGUGGAUCUCCUAGAUGUGAAUGACAGUCCGCCGAUGUUCAGCAUGCCUCAUUACACCACCAGCGUCUACGAGAACACGGCUACUAAAGCUCUGCUCACCCGCAUACAAGCCAUAGAUCCUGAUCUAGGUGUUAACCGUAAAGUGGUUUAUUCCCUGGUGGAUUCAGCGGAUGGAUUCUUCUCCAUCGAUAAAUCCUCUGGGAUUGUGGUUCUGGAGCGUUUGUUGGACCGUGAGAUUCAGUCUUCAUAUCAUAUAGUGGUCCGAGCAUCAGAUCAAGGUGUUCCUGUCCGGCUCUCGUCCCUUGCAAACCUCACCAUCACAGUUCUGGACAUUAAUGACAACCCGCCAGUGUUUGAGCGGAGAGACUAUCUGGCCACUCUUCCAGAAGAUGUUGCGGUCGGCACAGAAGUAGUCCAGGUUUACGCUGCCAGUAAAGAUAUCGGCACCAAUGCUGAUAUUUACUACAACAUCAGAUCCGGAAACCAACAGGGCCAUUUCACCAUUAACGUCAACACAGGUGCCAUCUCUGUAUCUCGAGCGCUGGACUUCGAGUCCUGCAAGGAUUAUUUCCUGACGGUAGAGGCUACUGACGGAGGGACUCCGCCGCUCAGCGCUGUUACCAUGGUGAACAUCAACCUGACAGACGUCAAUGACAACUCCCCCAUAUUCAGCCGUGAUGCCUACAGCGUGUCCAUUAGCGAGGAUGCAAACAUAGGAGACACUGUGGUCAAGGUGAUGGCGGAGGAUGUGGACAGCUACGUCAACGGUGACAUCCUCUAUUCCAUCAUCAGCGGAGACAGAGAAAACCAGUUCUUCAUUGAGCCAAUCACAGGACAGAUCAAAGUCAACAAGCAGCUGGAUCGAGAAACGAUGGCUAGUUACUCGUUGUCUGUGAGAGCUCUGGACAGCGGGACUCCUGCCAUGUCCUCAACUGUUCUGGUCAACAUCGACAUCUCUGACGUCAACGACAACCCGCCCACAUUCACGCCGGCCAAUCACACUGCAGUUAUACAGGAGAACAAGCCUCUGGGAACGAGUGUCCUGCAGCUGUCCGUCAUUGAUAAGGAUGCCAGUCACAACGGCCCGCCUUUUCACUUCCGCAUCCUAUCAGGAAACGAGGGGGCGUGGUUUAAACUGGACAGGGAGGGACUGCUGACAUCCAGUCAGGUGUUUCGGAGGUCUGAAGGAACAGAAUACGUCAUUCAUGUGCAGGCCAGCGAUAGUGGUCGUCCACCGUUGUCGUCUGUGGCCUCAGUUUUAGUGCGUGUGAUUGAGGAAAGUGUUCAUAAACCGGCGGCGUCUCCUCUACACGUGCACAUCGUGACCAUGGAGGAUGAGUUUCCGGGAGGAGUGAUCGGGCAGAUCCACGCCACAGACCAGGACGCCUUCGAUAUCCUCACCUACGGACACACACACCAGCAGAGCAGCCUCUUCAAGGUGAGUCCUCGUGACGGUCGUAUCAUUGCUCUGAGUGGUCUGGACGCAGGCCGCUACACCCUAAAUGCCACAGUCACCGAUGGCCGCUUCACUGUGACCGUUCCCGUGAGUGUGCACGUGGAGCAGGCCUCAGUGGAGAUGCUUCACGAUGCCGUCACUGUCCGAUUCGACCGUGUCUCCCCUCACGACUUCAUCUCCCGUCACCUGCCCUCCGUCAGACGCGUCCUGUCCAGCGUCAUGUCCACAUCCCGUCCCGACGCUCUGCACGUGCUCAGUGUGCAGCCGGUGGAGGCAACUGGGCAGCUGGACCUGCUGGUGGCUGUGGAAAGCGCUGAAGGUGGAGGCUUUUAUAAGGCAGCUUUAGUGACCCAGAAGCUGAGCUCGGCCCGCCGGCAGCUGGAUCAGGUGCUGAGAGUGUCUGCGGUCCUGGAUAAAAACUGCUCAGGUCUGGACUGCAGAGAGGCACAGUGUGAACAAACCAUCACGCUGGACUCGCACAGUCUGCUCACUUACAGCUCCACCAAAACCAGCUUUGUGUCGCCCAAGUUUCACAGGAACACCAGAUGCGUCUGCAGUGACGGGAGCUGUUCUGCUGCGUCAGAGGUGUGUGCGGAUAUGAGGUGUCCUGGUGAUAUGCAGUGUGUGGGCACAGACAGCAGCAGAGGGCCGUAUGCAUGCCAGUGUCCACCGGGCAAACUGGGAGAGUGUGCAGGACACACCUCUCUGAGCUUCUCUGGGAACAGUUAUAUCAAGUACAGAGUGACGGAUGGAGAGAGAAGUGGAGAGAUGAAGUUAGCGCUGCGCAUCAGAACACUGCAGAGUAAAGGAAUCAUCAUGUACACACGAGCGGACCCCUGCAGUGUGCUGAAGAUCGAAGAGGGAAAGCUGUGGUUCCAGUUGGAUUGUGGGAACAGUCCCAGGAGCAUCGGGAUCUCCGGCCGGCUGGUAAAUGACGGGAACUGGCACCACGUGGUCGUGGAGCUGCGAGGAAACUACAGCAGCCUCUCUUUAGAUGAUAUGUACGUGGAGCGGCGACUGACCACUGCCAAAUUCCGGCCUUUAGGAGCAGAUCUGUCCAUUUAUUUCGGAGCGCAAGUGUCACCUCCAGAUGCCCGGAGCUUGACUGAGAGGAAGGGUCCGAGAGUCACCAAUGGAUUCCAGGGAUGUCUAGACUCAGUGGUGCUCAAUGAUAAUGAACUGCCACUCCAGAACAAGCGUAGUCCGUAUGCGGAAGUGGUUGGAUUGACGGAUCUCAAACUGGGAUGUGUUCUGUAUCCUGACGCGUGUGUUGCUCAGCCCUGCCUCAAUGGCGCCACCUGUAUCAGCCUGCCAUCUGGAGGUUUCUCCUGCAGUUGCAGCGCUCUGCACACCGGAGGGCGCUGCGAGACUGAGAUCAGCGUAUGUAUGCCCAACCCGUGCCAGAACGGCGGAGUCUGUAAACCCAUAGGAAAUGCCUUCAUCUGCAGCUGCAAGAGAGGAUACACCGGUGCAACGUGUGAGGAGGACGUGAACGAGUGUGAGCGUGAGCUGUGUGAGAACGGCGGCGUCUGCAUCAACACGUUCGGCUCUUUCUACUGCAACUGCACUCCUGGUUUCGUGGGCAGCGCUUGUUCGGUCCGUCCGGUGCUUGUCCCAGAUAUGCAGGCCGGACAUGCUUACGUUGGAAAAGAGGAGCUUAUCGGCAUUGCAGUUGUGCUCUUCCUCAUCCUCACCCUCAUCCUCCUUUUCAUCGCCUUCAGGAAGAAAGUAUUCCAGAAGAGUUACUCCAGGAAUAACCUUUCCUUAGUUCAGGAUCCGGCGACAGCCGCCCUGCUGCACAAAGCCAACGGGGGCCACUAUCCGCCGCUACGCUGCGCAAUUGGAGAACCAAUCAGCUUAUACACUGAAGGAGGUAUAACCGGGCCGCCUCAGGUUCCGGUCCGGCCCAUGGCAUACACUCCGUGUUUUCCAGGGGACGCUCGGGGGACGCUUGAGAAGCGGGACGGACGAGGCUCGGAGCUCACAGAAAUGAGCACAUUUCAUCCUUCAGAGUCGCCGAGGAUUCUGGGCGGGACCAACAGGAGGGGUGUGGUCGUGUGCAGCGUAGCGCCCAAUUUGCCACCGGUUUCACCGUGCCGGUCGGACUGUGAUUCGCUGCGGAAGAGUCCAUGGGAGGAGGAUGGUAAAGUUGAUUUGCUGGAAGAGGUCACAUGUUUCUCUGGCAGUAACAAGGGCAGUAAUUCAGAGGUCCAGUCACUGAGCUCAUUUCAGUCGGACUCGUGUGACGAUAACGCUUCCAUAGUGACGGUAAUUCGGCUGGUCAAUGAUGCAGUCGACACGAUUGAGAAUGAAGUGUCCGUUAUGGAUCAAGGUCAAAACUUCAACAGAGCAUACCAUUGGGACACUUCUGAUUGGCUGCCCAGCACACGCCUACCUGACAUCGAGGAAGUUCCCACCUACGAAACGCCUGAAGUGGGCGUGGCCUUAGAAUCAGACUAUUAUCUAGGCGGAUUUGACAUUGACAGUGACUACCCGCCUCCUCAGGAGGAGGAGUUCAUGUCCCAGGACCAGCUUCCCCCACCCCUUCCCACUGAGGAAUUCGACACCUCGCCUGCCAAUCAACCCGUCUCCAGGGAGAGCACUCUGAGUGGUGACCGAAAGCCCCGGCCACAUUUUCACCCCAGCCAAUACUUGCCCCCACAUCAGCUGCCGCUUGGCUCCACGGGGGAGGAGUUUAGCACUUUCACCGGCAGGGAGGAGCGCCUGUCCGUCAACGCUUCCUCCGCCUCCUCUGUUUCCUCCGCCCCCUGCGGGUUCGAAGACUCUGAGACUGGAGGAAGUCUGGACAGUUUUGAAGACAUGCAUCCGCAUACGCAGCAGACUGAGGUCUGAUAUGUCAACAGGACGUGUUUUCUGACAUAAAAGACACAAACUCUCGCAUCUGUCUGAGCUUGUAUGAAUACAGCAGGACGGAUGUGCACUCACAGAGCUGCCCAAUGCAUGAGCAGCCCAAAUAUAAAAGCACAGGAAGUGUCCGGAAGUGAUGUCAUGGACGGGGGACCAUACGAUUAAAGCAACAAGAAGCGGAGACCAAUGAUCUGUAGACGUGUUUUCCGAAGAUGCCUGGUGCAUUUCAUUGUUCCUUCCAGAUCCGGAUGUGUUUGGUGCUGCCCUUUUUGUGUGUUCGAAAUCGGGAUGUGCUCUAAAACCUAGUGAGCUGGCUAUUUAGACGGUAUCAUGCUGCCUUCUAAGAUACCUUGUUUUGUUCAGAUUUUGAGUAUUUUAUUUUUAAUUUAACAAUGUAAGGUUCACUUUUAUUUUCAGAAUUGGACAUUUUAGCAGUUAACUUGUUUCGCUGAAAUCCAUAGGUACCAAAAAAUGGUAUUAUUUCAAGAACAUAUGGUUUCAAAAGUGAACCCUAGAUAGCGGAUAUGUUGAGCAUACCGACUGUACAUAUGUAAUUCAGUAUUUUUAAAAAUGGGUAAAUAUAAUUUUUAAUUAAUGUAGAACAUGUGUCUCAAACUCAAUUCCUGGAGGGCCGCAGCUCUGCACAGUUUUGCUCCAACCCUGAUCAAACACAGCUGAUCCAACUAAUCAAGGUGUUCGAGACUCUUUUGAAGAGUCUUUUGGUUUUGAGUCACAGUUCUAAAGUUCAAUUUCAAAUAGUUUAUUUUAUUUUUAAGACCUGAGCUGACCUAAUUCUUUCAGUAGAAUGGCAAUAAAUGUCAUGUAAAAUGGCAUUCAAACUCACAUUAUUAGCAUUUAACACUGAAUACAGCACAUGAGGUGUACCUGAGGUGAUCAUAGUCAGUUUUCUGUUGUUCAGCUGUGAGAAAUAUAAACGGUUUCUAAAAUAUAAAUUUUAGGUGUUGGUUAGGACAAAAACUCCUUUUAAUAUGGAAAAUAUUCCUUCUAUGCUUUUAUUUAGAACAGCCUUUAGGCUAGAUAGUCAAGCAGGAUGUUGAUGUCGUCAAUCUGCGCUCACAUGUGUAUUGAACAUGGGGUGCAAUACCUGGUUCAACCACUGGGUGUCAAACUUACAUACUGCACCUUUAAAACUUUUAGCCAGAUAGAUUGAUUUAAGUCGAGUUGAUUAGAAAAGUUAAUUUGUUAAAAUAGUUAAGUUAAAAUGGUUACAUUUAUUAAAACACUUUAACCUUAAGAACCGUAAAAAAAAAAAAAUUCUUGCUGCCUUAAGUUGUUUAGUUGAAUCAAAUCAUCUCAUCUUACAUCAAUCAAACUGACUAAAAGUAUUAAGUUAAACUUUGUAUAACUUAAAAAAUAUAGUUGAAACCUGAUUGACUAAUUAAAAUAAGUUAACGCAACAUAAAAAAAAAUAUAUUUGUUGCCUUUUUGUCAUUAUUUUUUACAGUGCAGUCUUUGCUUGUACAUAACUAUCAAUCACCAAUUGGAGGGUUUACCGCUCAGCAUUUUCACUCCUAAAAUGAUCUUGGUAUUGUAAGAAAUAGCAUUGCACCAUCUUACAUUACAUUUCGCAUGAAUUUUAUUAAGGAUUUAUGGCAGUUUGCUGGUCUCAAACUAGUUGGGAGAACUUCCAAUCAUCUUUUCUGUUGUUUGUUUAUUUGUUUGUCUGUUUAAGCUAAUUAUUAUUCCGCCGAGUCGCUUUUCUUUUCGUUCGCUCACUUAUGAGGGUCCAUUUGAGUUCAGAUGUCGACUCAGAAGGCAGCUCAUUAGGUUUUGGAACAGAACUCCUGCAGUCUGUGCACAGGUGGACAUGAAUAUGAAUCACUUUGUAUAAACAGUCCAAAAAAAAAAAAAAGCACACGUUUUAUGGUGUUAUCUUCCCAAUUUUAUUGUUAAUGCAUUUUUAUUUUUGAUUUUUUUGGUGCACUAAACCGAUGGACAAUAUGUUCAUAUUUACUUCGGCCAAGCCUGAAAUCAUUUUUCCAUGUCACGCUUAAAGCCCAGGACUGGCAGCGGCGUCUUCAUUUGUGUGAAGCAUUAGCCAGAUCCUCAAUAGCACUAUUUGGAUGAAGCGCGUGAGUGUUUUAAUGGAACGUGGGCAAAUUCUCUUCUGUACGUUAUGUCUGCCUCUUUUAAUGAUUAUUCUCGAUUGCAUAUCAGAAAGCCAUAUGCAGAAUAUCAUCAUAACGUUUGUAUGUGUUCGCAGGCACUUACAAUGCAAGAAUGACACACGCCUGUAGCAUGAAGUACAAAAACCUCCAGAGAAAGAAGCGCUGGGAGAGGACGAAAGCAAUAACAGCAAGUCAGAAAAGAGGGAAAAUGCCAAGUCCUGAAACAGAAUACUGAAUAAGAGAUGCAGGGAAGGAAAUGUAAAGAAAGUGAAAAUCAAUAAAAUAUAAAUCAAAAUGAGAAGGAGAGAGAAAGGCGAGAGAGAGGAGCAGAUUUGGAUUGGAAAGGCACACAUGAUUUGAGAAAGCGCUCUGUAAAUCUUAAUGCCGUUUUUUGUACAAGCUGUAAUUUUGAGAUGAAUUGUUGUACAGUGUAUAUAAGUGAGUUGUUCAAAUGCAGAUUUUGUAGAUAUUGAACUGUAAUCAUGGCAGGGUUUGUUCAUUCUGCGGACAGACACGCAAACCUACAGUACGCUGACAUUUUUAACAGAUCCGCGCACUUGCUUUUGCUUGUGUGCGUUUUUUUCGCAGCUCCGAUUUUCACAGGUGGAAAAGCGCUUUUUACUUCUUCUUUUUUUUUUAAAGCAUUUCUCCGUCCAUGUUUUUUUUUUUUGUUGGCAUUUCAGUUUAUUAUAGGAAAUGAAAUUCCUCUGCUCCUGCUGCCUUUGUGUAGGGGUUCUUUCUAUUCAUUGUUUUGGUUUUGAAUCAUUGUUCUGUUGACUGUAAAACAGUAUUUAAACAUGCCUGUUAUAAAUGUAAAAAUGCUUUUCGUCACUCCUGGAUUUUUGUUUAAUUUGUUUUGUUGUUGUUUUUUUUUAAGU